UUACACAUUUAAGCUCGUGAUUGGUUAUAAAUAAAGCGGUUGAACAGUUGUAGCCGGACUAAGGAUAAAAUGAUUUUAAUCACGUUUUGUGAAUGAAUUUGUGAAAAAAAUGAUUGCAAUUGAUGUAAAAUUGUAAUAAAAUGUUUAAAUAAGAAAGCAGCUGUAAUAUUACAUACUAUUGACCAUGUUGUCAAGGCUACUCCGACAAUUCCUAUUUUUCCUCGUACAUUUGGUUGUGAAGAUACUUGUUGCUGCUCAAAAUGUAUAUCGCAAAUUAUUUAUUAAAGACUAUAGUUCUGCAAAAGGUCGGGUAACAAAUAAGGACAUCCAAAUGUUAUUGGAAAUUGUGCCAAGACAGAAGAACAGGCUCAAACAUUUAGUGGUGUUGGCAAACAGCAAUGAUCAUACUAUAAACGAUUUAGCUCAGCUGGUUAUCUGGAGUCUAAUUGUUGGAAUACCUUACGUUACCUUCUAUGAUGUAACUGGUCACUUGAAGACAUUAGAGGAUAAAUUAUUUCUUGAAAUAGAGAAAAAUAAAAAAGGCAUCCCAGGCUGUAUAAAGUGGGCAAAUAAACCCGACUUAAAUGGUUACACCAAUGGUAUACAAGCUAAUACGGUAUUUAUAAAUAUAUUUACAUAUAGUGAUGGAAAACCUAGAAUAGCAGAAUGCAUCAAGCUUAUAGCCAAAGGUGACUUAAAAUGUAAGAGAAGCUGUAAUGAGUAUACAGCUCAGGAAUUUGGUGAAGCAGUGCAAUUCAAGCCACUUAUUCCAGACCCAGAUUUGGUUUUAUACACAGGAGCAUUGUGCUGUACAUUUGGUCUUUUGCCAUGGCAAAUUAGACUGUGUGAGUUUAUACAGUUAUCUGUUCACCACAAUAUUAAUAUAAAUUGUUACCUAGGUGCUCUACACAAAUAUAAUAAAUGUGAUCAAAGAUUUGGUAAAUAAUUACCCUGAAUACUAGGCCUAAGUUAUAGUACAGUUAAUAAAAUUGUGAUCAAUUUUUAGAUUCAUGGGAUGUAAAUUUUUAUAAAAAAAAUCACUAUCUUUAGACAUUGGCAUGUCAUUUAAUUAAUGCAUUUAUGUUGAUUUUUCAUUUUUAAUUACUUAAAAUAUUCCAAAUAAAUUUCUCAUGUUAUUAA